CACAUGAUAUGCUUUAAAGACUGGACGGGAGAUAUGGUGCUGGAAGUGAUAAACAGUGCAUUGAACCUGAAAUGCUGCCUCAGAGAUACACAUGGAAAGCGAUUGAAUCUUUUGGAUAACUCAAAGGUAAUGAUACUCCAAGAGGUAAAUGAGCCAGUCUUAAACAUGGCGGUAUCGAAAGCUGCUAGUUUACUUGGAGCUGAUGCUGUAAAUAUUGUGGAUCGGUUGAUGUGGGAAAAUGACUACAAUGGCAGGGUAUUUUCAUACAUGGCGGAUGCGAUUUUCGUAGCGACCUCAACCCAUACCUGCCUACAACGGUUUGCUCUGCAAUCCUUGGUUCCUGUGAUGUGCAUGACGUCAAGGACUCACGCAAGCAUACAGGCUAUGGCCACGUUUAUGACUAUAAUUGAAGAAUAUGGAACAGUGAGGAGACUGAAUAUUGUGUAUUUCGGUUCACCACAUCCAGUGUUGAAUACAUACCUUCUUCUAUGUCCUAUGCUUGGAGCGAACAUCAAAUUUAAAUGCUGUUGUAACAAACAGCCCGUCAGUCCAUUAUUAUACAAGACUAGCGAAUCCUUAUGUUCCGAGGUGAACACCAACCUAGAAGCGUGCUUGGAUAAAAAUCGUGCGUUAGAAAAAGCCAACGUUGUCAUAGCGGGCCCCGAGAAUAAGAAAAAACUCAGCGAGUUUAAGCUCACUACAGAAGACAUAAACCAACAUGCUGGUUCUCAAUGGAUCUUCCUGCACACAUGUCCCCGAGGCAAGGAAGUGGACGAUCACCUAUUUUUCCACACUAAUGCCCGGACAUUUACGGCAUUUGAAAACUUUCAGUACAUCAGUGCUGCGCUAAUGGCAUCGGCUAUAAAAAAUCAUUAUUUCUAA